AGAUAUUACACACCAAGAUAGAGCAUAGUGAGAGAGAAAACGUCCUCGAAAUAAGAUAGCUAUAUGUUUACAUUUGGAUCAAAACCAAAACAAUAAACCACAUUCAGCGAUUGGUUGAAAGACUCGUGUUUUCCGAAGUUAACCGAAGUGAUGAUCAAAACCAAAACAAUAAACCACAUACAACGAUUGGUUGAAAGAAUCGUGUUUUCCGAAGCUAUCCGAAUGAUGCUGAAUUGUUAAGCAGCGUUGGCAAUAUUUUUGGAAAAGUAUAUAAUCCCAGGUUUUCGCUUCCGUUCGAGAGGAAAUAUGACAUAAUUAUUUCAAUGUAAAGUGUAUCGGCUAUUGAAUAAAUGAUAAUACUGACAAUAUUAAUGAUUGAUGAAUUCAGGAUAUGUUCUAAGCCAAGUUACAGAAUGAAAUUAUGUUCAUAAAUUUAAUAUAAAAAAAUAAGGAGAUGACGAAGAAAGAAUUUUGGCAACGUUGUUUAUUUAACAACCCACUUCGAAUGGCCACAUGUUUACUUAUUCUCGAAUCUUGAAUGAUACAAACGUUAUUGUUGAACGAUUUACGUGAAAACGGUGUUAGACAAUAAUUAUUUUUAACUAGAAACUGCAAAAAUGGUGAAUCGCUGUGUGGUGUGCAAAAAAAUCAGCAGUAAAAGCAGUGGGAAAUCCAUGCACCGAAUGCCUACUGAUAGUGCUCGACAGAAAUUAUGGAUGGACCAGUUAAAACUGAAAAUUUCAGAAUCUUCCAAAUGGCUAUAUGUUUGCUCUGACCAUUUCUGUGACGAAGAUUUCAUCCUUAAAUUUGGAAAAAAAUGUUUGAAAACUGAAGCUAUUCCAUCCAGGAUUUCAUUGCCUGAUCCUUGGUGAGUAUUCUGAAUAUUUUGAAUGUAUCGAGUGAAAUCAAUCAUUUAAAUAAUGUUACUAUAAUAAAUCAAGGGAUUACACAAUUCUUAUUGAAGAAUCCUAAUUUUUUAUA